CAGAAAACUCCUGUCAACCCAGGCGAGACUGAUCGAGACGCCAAACAAUCACACUAUUUACAAACACUUUAUCCCGCGUGGUGUAGUUUCCACAGCUUGGGUUGUACAUCGUAGCGAACUCAUCUUAGCAAUUCCAAGUCCAGUGAAGGCCGGAAAGGAAAGUUGAUAAAUCAUGGGCAGGUGUAAGAACGAACGUUUGCGUUCCUGCUGCGGUAAAGUCUUGCACCACAUUCGCAAAGAACUACUUCUCGUCCUCAUUAUUUUGGGAGUGCUCGUCGGCUUCAUUAUCGGUUUAUCGGUAAACAAGAGUGUGAACGAUAUCAAAGACCCAGAAAAGAAAGCUACUACUAUCAUGUUGAUUGGUUUUCCGGGUGAGCUCUUCAUGAACAUGCUGAAGUUGCUAAUCCUGCCGCUGAUUGUUGCAAGUUUGAUCACCGCCUUGGCCACGCUGGACUCCAAAGCCACUGGAAGAAUUGGUCGUCGAACUGUGCUUUACUACAUGGGAACUAUGCUGAUCGCUGUGCUUCUUGGAAUCGUCUUGGUCCUUUCUAUACGCCCGGGAGAACGCAGCAAACCUGAAGGAACCGACGAAAAGCUCUCGCGACCUUAUCGUGGUCUCGAUUCGCUUCUCGAUCUUUUGAGGAGCUGCUUUCCGGUGAACCUUGUGGAGGCAGCUUUCAUACAGAAACGUACCAAAUACAAGACUGUCAAACCCGAUGUUAAAGAAUACAACGAGACAAUUAGGAACGGGACUCACAAUUACACAGUUCUGAAGGAAGAGGAACUAGCUCCGGGAUCAUCGAUGGUUCCCGCGGGACUCGAAAUUGCUUCCCGAAAUAUGAACGUCCUUGGGUUGGUGGUAUUUUCUAUUGUGUUCGGUAUCGUGUUGGGGCGCGUUGGAGAGCGUGGAUUGCCCAUGAGAGCCUUCAUUGAGUCGCUGAACGAAAUCGUCAUGGAAAUGGUAUCAUUAGUCAUGUGGCUCUCUCCGAUUGGAAUAUGUAGUUUGAUAGCUGCUAAGCUGGCCGGCAUGGGUGAUAUUGGGCAGGCAUUCAAAAUGCUGGGGUAUCUUAUGGGUACCGCCAUCGCUGGUCUUCUCUGCCACGGCUUUAUAAUUUUGCCGCUGGUUUAUUUGAUCUUCACGCGGAAAAACCCGAUUAUUUACAUCAAAAAUAUGUCGGAUGCCAUAUUUACAGCGUACGGUACAGAUUCCAGCGCGGCCACUUUGCCAACCACCAUGAGAUGUGUGGAGCAGAACAAUCACGUAGACAAACGUAUCAGUCGCUUCGUUCUACCGUUGGGUGCCACCGUUAAUAUGGACGGAACCGCGUUGUACGAAGGCGUUUGUGCUCUCUGGAUCGCGCAGCUUCACGGAAUCAGCCUUGGGGCAGGACAGGUUAUUACUAUUAUAUUGACAUCUAUGGCUGCGGCGGUUGGUGCAGCAGCAAUUCCGUCUGCAGGCCUGGUUACCAUGCUGAUUGUGUUACAGUCUGCUAAUCUCCCCACCAGUGAUGUCGCUCUUCUUUGGGCAGUGGACUGGUUCAUGGAUCGCUUCCGUACUGUUGUAAAUGUCCUUGGGGAUGCAAUCGGCGCUGGUAUAGUUGGACACCUGUCACGUGAUGAACUGAAGAACGCUGACCAAGCAGACAUGGAAGAAGGUGGACAGGGAGAUGAAAAGCAUGAGCUUCUUGUACCGUCUGAGGGACGCUAUGUUAAAAAAGACCCAGAUCAGAACUACUCCCCAAGAAUGACCAGCUUUAAGAGGUCCUCAGAGGAGUAGAUCAAGAUUAGUACGUCAAGUUAAGUAGGUCAACUCCAAAAUGGCUGCUGAUGUUUGAAAAGGCCAUUUUACGUUUCUGGAAAAGAAAGAUACAACACUUUAUUAUAACUAACUAUUAGCACUAGAGUUGGGCAAUGUCAUCUUUCUUGACAGACAGCCAAUUUAAACAGACUUUUUCUUCUAUUUUAGUACAAUUUCAAUGGUUAUCUUUAGAUAUUAGUAACAUUUCGUGUAUUUUAUUCAACGACGUUUCUUUAGUUCGGGUAAAACUGCCGAGGGUAGGACAAUUCCUGAGUAAUCAUUAAGAAAACCGAAACUAAUGUGUUCAAGUCAGUAAAGGAAUCAGUUAAGGGGUUGGCAACCUGUAGGCAGGGAGGUCUAAAACUGCUAGAAAAAAGUACAACUUCGUAAGAGAUUAUAAUCUCUUGAACUUAAUCAGUUGCUCUUAGGAUUACUACACGUGACACUUAUCUAUAACAGUUUGUGAAGGACUCACGUGAAUAUUUUAUAUCUUACUGCUCUAGUGGGAAAAAGUUUGAUUAGUCAGAAGUGACGCGGUGGAUACUUCGUCAGAAAAUUAUAUCUUCUAUAUGUGUGGAAAAAAGAGCAAACGUAGAAAAAAGAAAAAGGAAAAACUUCUAAAUUGCUUGAGUAAGACUGUCAUCUUCAUCAUGCGGUAUGUCGAUACAUGCAUGUAUAGAAAACGCUAGUUCAGACAUUUUUUGAGACGUAGACAUCAGCUGGAAGUUGAGACUGCUUUUCCCAGGCGCCUAAUACAGAUCCUUCUAUCUGCACUGUUCAGUCCAAAAUGCUAGGAUGAAGCCUUUGCUCUGGGCUAUUUGAUAUGAAUGGACACUAGACCUGGUUGCAUCAUCCUUUUGGUCGCCGUCAGCGUCUCAAAAAUGCUGAUGCUGAAUUUCCAUAUGACAUAUAUUUUUUUAAACAUAGUUAAUAUCCGCAAGUCGAUUACAGUGUCAGACUUUUUCCUAUAAUUCCUCAUAUCAUGACAAGAAGCUUCUGAACCUGAGUCAGCUAAGGAGAAAAAAAAGGGGGGGGGGGGGGGUUCGACGCAGGUAUUGUCGUCGAAAGUUUCAUUUAGAGUCCGCUGACAUAAUUCAACGACCAUCUCUCACUCACCCCUACCCCGCAAGGAUCCUCAUAAAACAACUACAUAAGAUAGCUGCUAAUCAAGAAUAUGAGGAAUUUUGUAAUAUAGUCAAGUAUGCGUUUGUAUUUGGUUUGUUAGAUCAAGAAAUCCUCUCUUGUUUAGGUACUAUGACCUUGGAAGGCAAGGCAUCUUUACUUUAUCAAUUUCAUUGUGUAAACCGUGAUAAAUGAUGAAUAUAUUUGCUAAGUUUUCACCA